CACCAUCUUCUGGAGUCUGGACGAGGGACCAAGUCCACCAGCGGGCUGAGGAUACCCACUGCAGAGCGCAGGUAGUUUGAUAUUGUAUCUCCACUACAUCCGUGUCCGCUCGAAGUGUAUCUAUCCCAACUCAAGAGGCCCUCUUGCCAGUGUUUACCUAGCUUUUGUGGAUCUCUCCUCUGGGUCAACACUGCUCUGGAACUUUGCUUUCCCCUUAUUUCAUCGCUAUCUAUCUCAUAUAUAUUCCUUGCUGUAUCUCCACCUGCAAUUUUACGACUUUACGACCUGAUUCACGACCUGCAUACCCAUACCCAUCACUAUUACCCUCUGAGACCAGCUAUAAGCCCUUGCUGCCUUGACACCCUGUGAAGAACUAUGUCCAAUAGGUGUUAUAACCCCAAAGCGCCAGAAGAGGGCCCGCCCCUUAUCCAGAAUGGCACUUUCGUGUUCCAAGCGCACGACGUCGGCUGGAUCGUUGCCUCUUUCUUCACUAUUGUUUCAUGCGUGACAUCUUUUUGGCUCAUCAACAAGCACCUCAUUUGGUACACGAACAAGAAGGAACAGCGCUAUAUCGUCAGGAUUCUAUUCAUGGUCCCAAUCUAUUCGAUCGUAUCUCUCCUCUCAUAUUUCUUCUGGAAUAACUCGACGCCUCUCCUCCUUCUCCGAGACUGCUACGAAUCCUUCGUCCUCACCGCCUUCUUCUACCUCCUCCUCGUCUACCUCUCGCCCAAUCCAGACGUCCAACGGUCUAUCUUCCGCAAACAAGGCUACUCCAAGGAGAAUGACGCAGAGAUGAUUAGAAAGGGCGAACCCAUCCGAAAAUGGGUAUUUCCGUUGGGGUUCAUCAAGUGGAAACCGCAGGAUGGCCUGUAUUUCCUGCAGCUAAUGAAGUGGGGCGUUCUACAGUACUGUGUGCUCAGGCCUUUAACGACUUUCUUCGCCGUCUUGCUCAACUAUGUCGGUCUAUACUGUGAAUCCUCUUGGUCUCCUGCUUGGGGACAUGUAUACAUCACAGCCAUCGUCUCUUUGAGUGUCACGAUAGCCAUGUAUUGCCUUUUAUCCAUGUACAUGUCAGUCUCUUCAGAGCUAUCCGACAAGCGACCCGUCCUGAAAUUGAUCAGCAUCAAGGCUGUCGUGUUCUUGACAUUCUGGCAGGCUUCAUUCUUGUCGGCCUUAUCGAUGUUUGGCGUCGUAAAAGACACCGCGUACAUGACAGCGGAGGACAUUAACAUCGGCUGGGGUGCCCUCCUGGAGACGUUUGAGAUGGUCAUCUUUGGCUUCGUCCACAUCAAAGCCUUCUCUUACAAGCCCUACCGCCCCAUCAUUCACGAUGCCGACACACCUCGCACUCCACGCCUUCGUUCCUUAGCUCACGCCAUGAACUUCAAAGAAACCUUCCGCGAGCUCCGAGACGGUUGGGUUUACUUGUGGCAGCGGAUGCGCGGUAAAGAGGUCAAAGUGGACCGGAACGCCAGAAGGGAUGGUUGGUAUGAAGGAGCGUUUGGCAAGGAGAGACCUAUGCCUGCAGCGGAUUGGAGAGAUCCUGGAAGAAAGGGCUGGGAUGAUAAGGACCUCUACAGCGGUGGCCUGGAGAAUGAUGGGUAUGGGAACGGGAACGGCGAUAUAGGGAGAGGACUUAGAGUGAAUAGUGAAGUUGUCGUUACGGUGGAAGGGGAGAGGCAGUGGUUAGGCACUAGGGACGAGUAUGGUUAUGGAAUCGGGUUCGAAUCUCGCGGCAGAGCUGGCACGAGAGGACGUGAGAGGAGUGAAGCAUUAGGUACCCAGAUCGAGGCAGAGUUGUCCAAGAGGGGCUAUGAGUUAACCACUCGUGACGAACCUCUCGUAGAACAAGGUCACAUACGAGGUGGUAAAUCCUGGUGGCGCAGCAUAUACGAACGCGUCUCCCAGUCUCACCAGGAUCCGGAACCCACCGAGGAGCUCCCCCCAGCACACCAUCGUCAGACUUCUCGGGCCCCACGAAGGGACCUUGACGUCGUCGACGAGGGUCGUGAAUUCGGAGAACGAAGAGCUUUAAUGAGCCAAUACGAGUACGACGAUGCGCCCCCGCCGUCUAUCAUCCACUUUGCGACCAGCACACGAUGUGCACCCUCGGCAAGCACCGGCUCCAACGCCGGACAGUAUGCUCUUGCGCGUAUUCCCUUCAGACGCUGGGCAUUCCUCGACGACCACUCCGUCUAUGAUGCCUUCUUCACAGUCACAUAG